UUGCCCACAAGAAAAGGUCCCCCCUCCACCACCGACGAUCGGACACUCCCGACACCCCGCCUCCCUCCCUCCCUCCCUCCCCUCUCCUGCCUCCUGCCUCCCCUCUGCCCCGACGCCCGCACAUCUUCUUCGCACGGGAGAAGAAAUUGCUCCAGGCCUUCCCCUUUGGAUCCUCCCCCCAUCCCCGUUCGACGCAUCCAUCCGCGCGAUCUAUCAUACAAUGCAAACCCCUGACAUUGGCAACGUGUCGCUCAUCUGCAAGGAUGGCGUCACCAUCGAGGUCCCUCGGGACAUUGCCGAGAAGUCCCGGCUAAUCAAGAAUCUCCUGCACGACCUCGGGCCAGUGGCCACGCCCAUCCCCCUGCCCAGUGUGGAUAGUACCAUCCUGAUCGAAGUCUUCAAGUGGGCCUUCCACCAUCGCUUCGACCCCCCGCCCAUGACCGAGGAGGAAAUGGCCUCUGCUUUCCGGAACGGCCGGUCCCUUCGCCGGUUGGAUGACAUCUCCAGCUGGGAUCACGACUUUUGCCAGGUUGACCAGGCCACUCUUUUUAACAUCAUCGUGGUCGCCAACUACCUCGACAUCCCUGCUCUGUUGGACCUGACAACCAAGUCUGUUGCCACCAUGAUCACCGGAAAAACUCCCGAGCAGCUCCGGCUCACUUUCAACAUUCCCAGCGAUCUGGCUCCCGACGAGGAGGAUUCCAUCCAGCGUGACAACCAGUGGAUCGGCAACUGAGCCAUGCUCUCGCUGGCCACAAGGACCCAGGGCUCUACACAUCUAGGUGGGCAACUGCCCUUGCAACUCAGAGACAAGCCCGCUGUCUGUGGUCCCCAAAUAAAGGAGAAAUUCACA